CGCUCUCUCGGCGUUCGUUUCGUUCGUUCGCUCGGCGGAAAGGAAAAAAUGAGCGCAGAGAAGAGGUAAGAAGCCCACCGUGCACUAGGCAUGCGACGUGACUCAUCCACCCAGUGGGCGAUCUCUGCCUCUUUCGUUGAUUCCUUUCAGCGACGGAACGUCAUCACCUGUUCCGUCUGUCAGCGUCUGUCUGCCCACAUCGGAUGCCACAGAGGACCUUGGAGCGCGGCUGGCGUCGCUCACCUGCCGCGGCGACGUCAUCUUCCUAUGCGGCGAGCUGGGUGCCGGCAAGACCUGCUGCGCCAAGGGCUUCCUGCGCUCCUUCUUUUCAAACCCAUCCCUGGAAGUGCCGUCGCCGUCCUACCUGCUCUGCAACACCUAUGCUGACGAUGCUGACGACCAGCAGCAGCAGCAGCAGCCGAUAUCUGCCGACCACCCACCAUUGGCGCAGCAGGCAGCAUCGCUGCCUCCCCGGUUCAGAGCGGACAGGGCUAGGAUCUCUGGGGUGACGGUGCAUCACAUCGACUCCUUCCGCCUCCCAGUGGGCAGGAUCGCCGCCGUGUUGGAUUUCUCGGCCAUCUUCGCCAACAACAUCAGCCUGAUCGAGUGGCCGGAGCGGCUGGGGCCCCAGCUCGUGACGUCCACUACCCCGCCGCGGCUGGAGGUGCAUCUCGAGGGCGUGGGGCCGCAGGCGCAGGGGCGGACAGCGGUGCUCAAGGGGGUGGGCGAGAGAUGGGAGGCGCUGGUUGAGUCGUGGCGGCAAGCAGGUGGGCCACCUGGUGCACCACCCAUGUCGAACUUAGCUAUCGCUCAGCCAGCGGAUUCUUCUCUGAACGGACCUUCUGGCAGUGAGAGGCCCCUUGGGGAGAACACGGCAGCGAGUGAUGAGGACAAGAGGGAGCGUGAUGUGAUCACUCUGCCUGAGGAUCCAUCCACGUGGCUGGUGCUGGGCAUCGAGUCAAGCUGUGACGACACCGGUGCGGCGGUCAUUCGCGGCGACGGUAGGGUGCUGGGGGAGGCCUUGGCUUCGCAGAGUGGUGUCCACGAGCAGUGGGGCGGCGUCAAGCCCGAUGCCGCACAAGCGUGCCACAAGGCGGCUAUCGAUGGCACUGUCGAUGAGGCAUUGCGGAAGGCUGGCGUGGAGCCGUCAUCUCUCCAUGCUGUGGCCGUUACAGUCGGCCCAGGCCUGUCGCUCUGCCUGCAGGUGGGGGUGAAGAAGGCGCUUCAGCUUGCAUCGACCCAUCGGCUGCCCCUCGUCCGUGUGCACCACAUGGAGGCCCACGCCAUGGUCACACGACUGCCCCAGCCCACCCAGCAGCCCAACCCCGACACGUCAUCUGCACCACCCAGCCCUGGCCCUCCUGUCACGUUCCCCGCCCUGGUGCUGCUGGUGUCUGGCGGGCACAAUAUGGCCGUGUUGGCCAAGGGCAUCGGGCAAUACAAGAUCCUCGGCAGCACGCUGGACGACUCCAUCGGUGAGGCCUUCGACAAGACCGCCCGUCUGCUGGGCAUCGACACCAUUCCCGGCGGGCCGCUGCUGGAGCGGCUGGCCGAUCAGGGCGACCCCAACAAGUAUGCCUUCUCCCUGCCCUUCGCCAAGAGCCGCAACCUCGCCCUCCGCAACGGGUGUGACUACUCCUUCUCUGGCCUCAAGACACAGGUCCGGGAGCUCGUCAACAGCGAGAUACAGCAGCAGCAACAGCAGGAGGAGAGUGAGGGUGAUGGGGGCGACAGCGAUUCGUCGGCCAAGGUGCGCGCCGACAUCGCCGCGUCGUUCCAGUCGGUGAUCGUGUCGCACCUGCUGGAGCGGGCCACGCGAGCCAUCGCCUGGGCGCAGGCAGAGGAGCCCUCCAUCAAACACCUGGUGGUCGCGGGCGGCGUCGCCGCCAACAAGACGGUUCGGUCGCGCAUGAAGGAGGCGGCAGACAACGCCGGCCUGACGCUCGUGUGCCCCCCGCCCCGUCUGUGCACGGACAACGGGGUCAUGGUGGCGUGGACUGGCCUGGAGCGGCUGAGGCUGGGUCUGUGGGACGUGCCGCCGGUGAAAGGCGCGGAUGUGGAUCGUUUCGUGGAGGUGUGCCCUCGGUGGCCGUUGGGGCAGAGGGACGCACGGAGCACACCCAAGCCUGGCGGGGGAGGGGGAGGGGGAGGGGUGGGCAAGGCGAAUGGGCAGACAGGGGGAGAGAAGGCCGCCAAGAAGGCCAAGAAACAAAGAGACGGUGUCUAGCUCAGCUGCAUGGGGUUUUCUCUGUGUGUUGUGGGCGAAUGAGAUGAGUGGCGUUGGUUGAUGUGACGGAUGGAUAGAUCCAUGCGUUGCAUGCAGGAUGGACGGACGAGAGAAUCUCAAUAAGUAUGUGCGAGUGUCAAUGACAUUGAAUGCCGUUUGUCAGCC